CCUCCAACAUCGCCACACCAUCUAUAACCCAAACACACCAUCUCACAAUGCAUCUGCAUCUCGCCACCCUCCUCACCACCACCUUCAUUACAUUCCUCACCCUAACCAAAGCUAUCCGCAUCACGACCCCCAAAACCGGCGACAUAAUCCACUGCAACCAACCCUGGCAAGUCUGCUGGGAAGCCGUCAACACCGACCCACCCCAAUUCUGCCUCUACCUCACAAACUUCAUCGACUUCCCCCCACAAAUCUUCCCCCUGCUAGGCCAAAGACCCAUCGUCACUGAUGGAGGAGGCUGCGUGACGAUUCCCCCGCCGAGUUGUCCGUCGCCGUUGAGGAAUACGCCGUAUCGUGUUCGGGCGACGGUGUGUGGAGAUCCGAAUACGAUUUUUGCUGAGUCGGGUGAUUUUAGGGUUGUUUUGUAG